AUGCGCGCCCCCGCCCCUGCUCUCCGUGCACGGGCAGGGAUCCCUUGUCUCUCCUCGUCUCUUGCCUCAUCGUCUCCUCUCGGUGAUGGACGCGUGAACAUGCCGCUAUCCACGCGCCUCCUCGCGGCUCUGCUCCUCGUGCUCACUGCUUCCGCCUCCAAACUUGGAUGUCUGUUUGAGAAGCAGCUGUGUCUCCGGGAGCAGAUCUGUAGCGACGAUGGGCUGUUCGGGCAGUGCCUGGGUCCAGACCAGGUCCCGGUCCAGUACCAGAUCUCGGUGCCGGUUCUGCAUCGUCUGCAGCAUGUCCUCAAGGAGCUCAUGGAACAAGGUCUGACGUGGAGAGACGACAUCACUCAGGCCGUGAUCAGUCGGGAGCUGUCCUCAGUGCGGAGCAAACAGGACCGCAGCCCACCCCUCCCUCCCUCGGGGCCUGGUCCUCAGUCUGUGGCCUCAGACUCAGAGCUCCUCCAACAGUUUGUGGACUACAUUGUCCUGGACCCGUCUCAGUCUGUGGACCCCUACGCUUACAAACAGCAGCCGCAUUUCCGGCUCCAGGACGAGGACCAGCGCUCCCUGAACUCUCUUGACCAGAAUCCAGUCUCCACCGGCUCCAGGUCUGGUUCUGUGGGUCAGGACCAGCAGCUGCUCCAGACCUUGGUCUCUUACUACAUGGGUGCUCCAUCCGGGCCUCCGCUGCCUCACCACACGGGGGCGUUGUCCCUGUCCGACCUGGAAUUCCCCCUGGACUACGGACAGGACUUUGUGUCUCAGCUCGAACCCAAACAGAACGAGAAGAAAACACAGCAGUUUAAAAGUCUGGGAGGAAUCCACGGGUCCUCAGUGCAGUCUCUGUCCUCUCUCUUGGAUCACAUUUCUGAAUCUGACAGAGCAGAUCUUCCCUCCAGCCUCAAACAGCUCAGUCUGGACUCCUCCUACUCUGACCUCCUCAAAGAUAAAUAUGGAAACGCUGCAGCUCCGGGAAAGAAGUUCACAGAAGGCUCCAUGUUGUACAAAUCCAAAUCUGAGAAACCGGCUGAAGUCCCAGAAUCAAACCAGGACAGAGACAGCGCCACCAAGAGUGCUCUGGAGCCAGCGCUGAAGUUCAAACCCAGCUCUCGGAACGCCACGGCGGCGGAGAAAGCCGUCGUGGAAAAAACGUAUGCUGAAACGGACUCAAGGCUGAAAGAUGAAGAGAUCCCUGUGGGCCAGGCGUUGCCGCUGAAGACCCCUGUGAGGCCGCGCUCUCGCUGGGCCUUCGUCACCCUCGUCAUCAUGGCCUGUGUGGGGAGCCUCCUGGUGGCAGCUAUGACCAUUGCCUGCUUACGCCACCAUGCACACCGCCUGGCCGCCAAGAAACUGGGACUGGGGCCAGAGGCGGGGCCCUACACGCACCAGGAGUACCAGGACCUGUGUCGUCAGCACAUGGCGUCUAAAGGAGCGUUCGGACGACUGGAGGCGGCGGCUUUGGGAGCUGUGGGAGGAGCCAGCGGAGGAGGAGGCGUGGCCAGUGCAGGGGCCGGGGGCGGAGCUUAUGGAGUGGGUGGAGCUUACGGAGUGGGCGGGGCUGAGUCCAGAGUGAGCAGCGUCUCGUCCCAGUUCAGUGAAGGAGCUCAGCCCAGUCCCAGCUCGCACAGCAGCACCCCCUCCUGGUGCGAGGAGCCGGCACAGGCGAACAUGGACAUCAGCACGGGUCACAUGAUUCUGGCCUACAUGGAAGACCACCUGAGGAAUAAGGAUCGUCUGCUGCAGGAGUGGGAGGCUCUGUGUACGUACACAGCUGAACCUGCGACGAUGACCUCAGCUCAGAGCAACAGCAAGAAGAAUCGUUGUGCAGACGCACUGCCCUAUGACCACGCCAGAGUGAAGCUCAAAGCUGAGGUGAACCCGUCACGCUCAGACUACAUCAAUGCCAGCCCCAUCAUUGAACACGACCCCCGGAUGCCCGCCUACAUCUCCACUCAGGGGCCACUGUCCCACACCAUCGCAGACUUCUGGCAGAUGGUUUGGGAGAACGGUUGCACUGUGAUCGUGAUGCUGAGUGCUCUGGUGGAGGACGGAGAGAAACAGUGUGACAGAUACUGGCCCGAUGAAGGCUCCUCCCUCUACCACAUCUAUGAGGUGAACCUGGUGUCAGAGCACAUAUGGUGUAAUGACUUCCUGGUGCGGAGCUUUUACCUCAAGAACGUUCAGACGCAGGAGACUCGCACGCUCACUCAGUUCCACUUCCUCAGCUGGCCGGCUCAGGGCAUCCCCACCUCCACUCGCCCCCUGUUGGACUUCCGCCGAAAAGUGAAUAAGUGCUACAGAGGCCGUUCCUGCCCCAUCACCGUGCACUGCAGCGACGGCACCGGACGCACCGGCACCUACAUCCUCAUCGACAUGGUUCUCAACCGCAUGGCCAAAGGAGUGAAGGAGAUCGACAUCGCUGCGACGCUGGAGCACAUCAGAGACCAGAGACCAGGGAUGGUCCGCACCAAGGACCAGUUUGAGUUUGCGCUGACAGCGGUGGCGGAGGAGUCUACGGUUUAUAUUGUAGCAGAACUUUCGUGGUGGUGCUUGUUUCCGGUCGGUCCGUGUUGUGAGCUGCACAAAAAGCGCCCGACAAGCCCCACCCUGCAUGAUGUGGCUCUGACUCCAAACCAACAGCUCAUUCCUCAGAAGACUCCUCUCUCCUCCUCAGACUCCUUUCUCCUCCUCACCAUGGCCUCCUCCUCCUCACUCCUCUCUCGGCCUUGGGUCCCCGUAUCAGUCGAAGACUCUCGGUUCCUGUGCCAGUCCUGGUUCGGGUCCACUCAGUACCAGCUCCUCCUGAUGGACUCUGAGUGUCUGUGGGAGGAGAGCGUGGAGGAGCAGCAGGUCCAGGCCAGAGCACAGGAGCUGAACCGCCGUCUGCGCGCCUCCACACACUCGUUCUUUUCGCGCCUGGUCACCGUGGUGACGCCGUGGCUGACAGGAAGCAGGUGCGAUCACAUGACCAUGCGGCGGGAAGACGGUCACAUGGCUCUUAGGCUCAGGACCGAAGUGGGCGGAGUCCCGUUCACCUGGGAGUUUUACCUGCGGCCGGCGAGCGUGUCCGUGGUGAGCAUAAGCCUUGAUCCUGGCUCUUCAAUUGCUAUGUGGUUGCUAUGA